AUGCUGGAUUUGGAAAAACUGCAUUUUCAAAAUACCUUGCUGCCACGUGGUGCCAGGCUCAUCGUCCCGAAUGAAAUACAAAAAAUCUUCAAAAAUGACAUUAGAAUCUAUACAGGGAUUCUGCGCCGGGAACGAUUUUUAAUUAUUUUGGAUGCUCUAGAUGAAUGGGUCCAUCCUGAAAAGAAAUGUGAAAAAGAGCCAAAAACAAUCCCUCAUCGUAAUGCUCGUGAAAAAUGUGUAAUCCUUACAACAACAAGACCUUGGAAAUUAGGUGUGUUAAAUCUUAAAAAUAGUGAAAUAGAUAAGAAAGUGGAACUAGUAAAACUAACCUCAGAGUCAGCACAGACAUUAGAGGAAAGAGCGAUUUCAAAAAUAAAGAAUCUCAAUGUUGCUGAAGCAAAAGUCCUGGCUGAACAAUUACAGGAAAAUAUCUAUGAAAAUGACCUGAGGGAUCUGGAAUCCGUCCCCCUUCUUUCUAUGUAUCUCAUUAGUUUAUGGUGUGAAGGUAUUCCACUAGUACAGUCAAAGUGUGGACUAUAUGCAAGCAUUAUUGAACUCCUGCUGUCAAGAACUUUAAGCAAACAUCGAAAAUGGAAACAGCGUGCGAACCCUCCCAGAUUGAUAUCCCACAAUGCUUCAGUGAACAUGAACAUUGUAAUCAAUUACUGCACGUAUCUGAAAGCUUUAGGUAAAUUGGCAUUUGAAACUUUAUUCAGUGACACAAAGGAGAACACUCUUGUUUUUUUAAAGUCAGUGGCAGAGAAGUAUCUCUCACCAAUGUUUUUGAAAUUAAGUCUUGACUCGGGAAUAUUAACACAGAGUACAGAAAAGACACUUAUCAAACAAAUUUCUAAAGUUUCGUUUUCGCACAAAACCAUUCACGAAUUUUUUUGUGCAUUGUACAUUAGCUGUCAAAAUGAAAAUGAUGUCAAAAACAUUGUUGUAAACAAAUGUAAAAGUUUGCAAAGUAUUCUGGACAUGUCAACAGUGCUUGUUUUCAUCAGCGGAAUGAAUACAGAAAUCAUUUCUUCAAUAUCACAGGAAUUUCUUUCUGUUAUCCGUGAAGAUAAGAUAACGAGCGAAUACAGAUCCACGACUGAUGAGGACUGUGAACCUCUGGAAGACAUACAAGACAUGUACAUUUCUUGUAUGAAAGAAAACACGAGCGAUAAGGAACUCAAACUUUUCUGUCAAGACUUUUUCUUUAGUGAAGAUUGUGAAGAAGAAAAAUACUUUUCAUAUUUAGCACAGCUCGCGGUACAAAAUAAAAAUAACAUGGCGUCAAUAAAUAUCUACACAGACGCCAGUGAUCGUAGUUUACGUGAAAUUAUUGAUUCUUGUGAAUUGCACGAACUGUUCCAGAUCAAUAAAAUAGUCUACCGGGGUGAAGAAGAAAACGCACAGCUUCCUGUACUGUUGGACAAGUCGUCGAAAUGUGUCACUGUUAUAUCGCCUGAUCAACCUGGUUCUUGGAGCCGUGAAAUGUUGGAAACAUUACAGAAUAAUUCUCUGUUACAAGCAAUUUAUAUCUACGGUUUCUGGAUGAGCCACGAUGUACUGAAUGACUUUCUGAAUUAUAUUAUAAACAGAAAAACAAUGACGGAGAUUGGAUUGUGGGACUUAUACUGUACCGAGCACGAGUGGCCGCGUUCGUGUACUUUCAGUUUAGAUUUUAGUCAGCAUUCAGAUCUAAGGAAGUUAGAAUUGUGGGAGAUACCUGAAGUGUCACAAUUGAAAGUUAAUAGUCAAGUGAAACACGUGGGGUUGUACAGUAUCAAUCUAGGUGAAAUGUCGCUGCCUCCUGAAAUGGCGAAUAUUGAAAGUGUUGAUUUGGGGAAUGUAAACAUGUCUGCUUCAACAUUGCGUGAUCUCGUUAAGGUAGUGGAGAAACUUUCACACAAAGUCACAGUAACAAUACGCUCGUGGUGUAAGAUAGAACCGUGGACAGAGUUUGAACACGUUAAACAAUAUAUACACUCAUCUCAGAAUUUCCGAGUUAUACCGCAGGAUGAUAGCGGGCGGUUUGUGUUUGAAACAAAAGUUGAAAGUGAAGUUACUAAAUAAACUCAGACCGAUAGUGUAAAUGUAUAUAUAAACAUUAAUUAUAAAACAUUCACAUGUGUUUACACACUGAUAUAUAUGACAUUAGUGUGACAUACAUAUGUGUAAAUAAUUAUAAAUAGUGACAUAGUGUGGACAUAAAAUUAAUUAUUGGAGGAAAGGAUGGAGGUUCAUACACAUGGAUUAAUACACAAGUCCAGUUUCCCUUUAUACUUAAGAUAAAAGAUCGACGACAACAUCUCAAAACUCCAGACGUACUUCCCGUGGCCAGGGCUACGAAUACAUCGCCAUAAAAUACGUGGAUGUACACUUUGCCGCAAAUACUUCUGGAGCAAAUAUCUACUUUCGGUGGCUACGCUUCACACACCAUAAUAUACUUGCCAUGACCUCUUGUUUCCGGCCAUUGGACAGAAAACAAACAUUGCAGGACUAUAAUCGUAUUAUACCCAAAAGUCUGUGAGAAAAACUGCUUUUAAUCAUAAAUAUUUAUUACCAGAGACAAAUCAUACUGAAUUUCUUAAAUCAUUUGGUAAAGAAAUGUCUGACUUUCACUUGUGUAAACAUACCGCUUUUGAACUUAUUUUUCUACUAUGAAAAGUUAAUUAGUAAAGUUUUGUAUGUAAGUUAGUAUUAUGUGGAAGGGUAUCAAAAAGUCACACGCGCUGUCAUAAGGCAAAUUACACUAGAAAGGACAUGCUUUUACGAAAACCUUGUAGAGUACCUAGCGGACUUUUCAUAAUUUUGAUAAAAAAGUAAAACUAGGAAUUAUUUUUGCUUCAUAUGAUUGUGAAAAAAAAGUCUUUGAUUAAACAUUAUAUGAAAAUUUUCCUACGUAGAGACUACUGGUAUUGAAAACUUAUUAGAAUUACUAAAUGAAAGGAAUGACUAAUUUUAUAUCUCUACUUAAAAUUUUAUAAAGUUUCACUUAUUUCUAUAUAUGUAACUGAUAGAUGUUGCAAGAGAAAUAAUAUUUUCAUCAACAAAAUUUGGUAUUUUACAAGACAAGGGGACUCCGGACUAUUUAAUAAACAGGAAUCUG